CGUGCGUCUCCGGAGUCCGUGGGUGACAGGGAGCCCCCGGCCCGGGCGCCACCCACCUGGUCUGACCCGCAGGAGCGAGAACGGAAGAAGACGCUGCGGGUGUACGAGAAGAUGACCUACGCCUCCAACGUGUGCGCCAAGCACACCAGACUGCGGCGGGAGCUGCAGCUGGAGGACCAGACCCAGGACCUGCAGGUGCGCGCCGAGGCCCAGCAGCUGCGCGCCUUCCGUGACCACAUGGCCUGGAAACUCGCCGCCACCAAAGAAAAGGUGGAGCCUGAGAACACGAACAGCUACAUUAACCAGAAGCGGCAGAUGUUCCUCCUCCAGUAUGCCCUGGAGAUGAAGCGUGCCGAGAUCCAGCGGCUGGAGCUGCAGGUGGCGGAGGAGGAGGCCAGGCUGGAGCAGGCCGAGAAGUCCCUGGAGAAGGACGCGGCCCUGUUCGACGAGUUCCUCAGGGAGAACGACCGCAGCUCCGUGCAGGCCAUGAGAGUGGCUGAGAGGGAGACAAAAGCCAAGGUGGAGAAGAUCAUCGAGAUCAGGGACCUCACCGUCCAGAUCAUGAACAUCAAAAGCGAGAUCUCCAAAUUUGAAGACACGCUGCAGCAGUACAAGGUCUACAAGGAUUUCCUAGACCGACUGUCGCCCAAGGAGUGGUUCGAAGAACAGGAGAAGAAACGCUCGUCUCUCAGAAAAGCCGAGGAGGUCACCGAGGUCCCCAAAGGCAGCAGCAUUUAUGUCAUGUCAGGGGACAAAGGCUCAGAGAUCAAGGGCAAGAUGGGCUCCAUGGGGGCCAAAGAGAGUCUGGGCACAAAGAAGUCCUUGAGGUUUCUUCCGGGGCUGCAGCUGGGGCAGACCCUGUCCCACACGAGCAGUCCCCAGCAAGACAGCCAGCCCAGCGGGUCUAGUGGGCUGGACUCCAAAGGGUGUCCCCCGCUUUACCCUCCCAUGCCCCAGUUGAAUGCUUCUCGGGCUGGAAAGGACGUGACCUCUACCACCAGUGUCCAGGCUCACUUGGUCCAUCAGGAGCUGCAGCUCUACUUCACGGAGCCCCAGCAGCUCCUGGACGUCUUCACAAAUCUGGAGGAGCAGAACCUGUCGCUGAUUCAGAACACGCAGGAGAUCGAGGAGACCUUGGAAGAGCUGGGCCUCACCCUCAGAAACACCCAGACGCGCAUGGACAGGGAAAUCAACCAGCUGAAGCAGUGGAUCACCACAAUGAUGCUGUCCAUCACCAAGGAGGAGGACACAGCCGCUGAGCUGGAGCUCAAAGCCCGAGUCUUCCACUUCGGCGAAUACCAAGGCGAUCAAGAGGAUGAGCUUCUGGAGAGUCUGAGCCGCAAGGUGCUAGACGUGUACCAGCACUGCAUCGGCACCCAGCAGGAGGCCAACCUGGGCACUGUGCAGAUGCUGACCCUCAUCGAGCACCAGCUGGACAAGCUGCUCGAGAAUCUGGAGCGCAUGCCGCAGGUCAAGAUCGAGCAGGCCGAGAAGGUCAAGGAGAAGGAGCGGCGUGUGAGACUUCGGGAAGAGAAGCUCCUGAUGCAGAAGAUGCUGCAGGAGGAGCGUCUGCAGCGGGCCCGGGCCCGGGCCCAGGCCCAGAUCAAGAAGAAGAAAGGCAGGAAGCUGGUAUGUCGCUCCCAGCCUCCAGCCCCCAAGACCAAGCAGGAGUCUGAGCACAUGCUGAUGGACAAGGAAAAGGAAGAGCUGCUGUAUUUCUUCACUUAACUUUCACAGCUGGUCUGGCUAAAGGCUUUUUAGCCAAGGUGUCAGCAGAGAAUCUGGGCUGGGUCUCGAGUGGGCCCAGACUGAGACCUCU